GCUCGCGCCGGUCAAUGUCCCCUGAAGACUGUACUCGAUUUGACUCGAGCCUACAUGGGUGAAGACAGGUCCAGUGUGUGGUCAGUUCUGGCUCAGGGACUGGGUCACAUUCGCUUCAUCCUCCAAGAGAUGGCCUACAAGGCCGGUGAUGAGGUUGUCUUUUCUGACCCCUCACCAGAGGAGGUUGGUCUCAAUAACCUCUACACCCAAUUGACCUUGCCUGUUUACGAGAAACUUGAAAUGCUUCAAAAUGCCAAACUGGCUUCAAACACCGAAGCGCAAAACCGAGCCUCAUCAGGCAGUCUCCUUUUCGUAGGUUUUGACCCUAAACCCGAAGACAGCAACAACGAUAGCCUCUUACGACCGAUCAUUCUGGACGUUCUCGGUCGUGCCGGUCACCCCGACGUCAUCUCGAGGGCGCGCAAGGCCUUCGACGCUCACUACGCCUCCGUAAUGGAGACCCCGGAGGGCCAGCCACAGGCAAAUCUCAUUUCUCCCGACCUGCGUACCACUAUCUACUCCCUGUGUCUACGCAACGGAGGUGCAGAG